GAUACAGAAAACAUGGUCAAUUCUGUUAGUCACUUCAUCCUCCUGGGAUUUAUCUCCAGCCAGAAGAUGCAGAAGAUCUACUUUGUGGUGUUCUCGGUGACUUAUAUCCUAACCUUAAUGGGAAAUGCAGCUAUUGUCUGUGCUGUGCACUGGGAUCGGCAUCUCCAUACACCCAUGUACAUACUCCUGGGGAAUUUCUCCUUCCUGGAAAUUUGCUAUGUCACCACAACUGUUCCCAACAUGUUGGCCAAUUUCCUUUCUGAGACCAAGACUAUUACUUUUGUUGGUUGUUUUGUCCAAUUUUAUUUCUUCUUCUCCUUUGGCUGUGAUGAAGGUUUCUAUCUUUGCAUCAUGGCAUUUGAUAGGUACCUUGCUAUCUGUCGUCCACUUCAUUAUCCAACCAUCAUGACUACCCAUCUCUGCACUGGCUUGGUUAUCUUUGGCUGGUCAUGUGGUUUAAUUGUUUUUGUAAUACCAGUUGCUCUCAUCUCACAGUUGUCCUAUUGUGGCCCAAACAUUAUUGAUCAUUUCAUAUGUGAUCCUGUCCCACUGAUGGCCCUUUCCUGUUCCAAAUCCUAUAUCACAAAGUUCAUUUACUCUACUUUCAACACUAUUUUUAUGGUUGGUACUUUUCUUUUUGUGCUCAUCUCCUAUGCCUUGGUCAUUAUUUCUGUGCUGAGGAUCCCCUCUGCUGCUGGCAAACAUAAAGCAUUCUCUACUUGUGCUUCACAUCUAGCUGUAGUCAUCUUAUUCUUUGGUUCUGUUGUCAUGAUAUAUGUAUUGCCAGGAUCAGAGCAAUCAGUAGAAUUCCAGAAAGUUGUGACACUGUUUUAUUCAGUUAUCACUCCACUCAUCAACCCUUUGAUCUACAGCCUUCGAAACAAGGAUAUGAAAGCUGCUCUGAGGAAAAUUCUAGUGACCAAAAUGAUUGCUCACAAGACAUGA